GCGGAAGUGGCAUGUAUUUUGAUCAUUUUUUCUGCAGUGUUAGUCUCUCCAUAAGUGACUACAAUACGAUUGUUGAUUUUUUUCAUUUUCACCAGGAGGCUAACUGAUGUUAGCAGCUAACCUGUCUGUAACAAUGACCACCAUUGUCCACGAUACCACAGAGGGAGUGUGCCUCUCCGCUGAGUACAACCUGUACCUCAAGCCCAUCGCCAAAAUGACCGUCAGUGUGGCGCUGCCCCAGCUCAAGCUGCCAGGCAAGAGCAUCUCCAACUGGGAGGUAAUGGAGAGGGUGAAGGCCAUGGUAGCUCCUGAGCAGUUUUCAGUCCUGCGGAUCUCCAAGAGCACCAUGGACUUCAUCCGCUUUGAGGGCGAGGUGGAAAACAAAACAGUGGUCAAGAGCCUGCUGAGUCGACUGGAUGGGAAGAGCAUCAAACUAAGUGGAUUUACUGAUGUAUUGAAGGUUCGUGCAGUAGAGAACAAAGUGGACUUCCCAACACGGCAUGACUGGGACUCCUUCUUCCGAGAUGCCAAGGACAUGAAUGAGACUGUGCCGGGAGAAAGACCUGACACUAUUCACCUGGAAGGGCUCCCUUGCCGCUGGUUCAGCCAGAAAGACAGCCAGUUCCCAGAUCGUCCCUCUGAGGAGGUUCUCAUCUCUGUCUUCCAGAUGUUUGGCAAGGUACGAAAUGUUGACAUCCCCAUGCUGGACCCAUACAGGGAAGAGAUGCUGGACAAGAACUUCAAUACAUUUAGUUUCGGGGGUCAUUUGAACUUUGAGGCGUAUGUCCAGUAUCAGGAGUAUGGUGGCUUCACCAAGGCCAUGGACACUAUGCGCAGCAUGAAGCUGAUGAUGAAAGGAGAAGAUGGAAAGGCAGUCGCUUGCAACAUUAAGGUGGCCUUUGACACCAGCAAGCACCUGAGUGAGACAGCUCUGAAGAGGAGGAGCCUGGACAGGCUGAAGUUGCAAGAGCUGGAGCGGCAGAGAGAGGAGCAGAAGCGACGGGAGAAGGAAGAGGAGGAGCGGCGGAAGGAGGAAGAGAGGAAACAGAAGGAGCAGGAAGAGGAGGAGAAGGAGAGGAGGAAGGAGGAGAGGUUGCGGAAGCGAGAGCAGAAGCUGCGGGAGAGAGAGGAGAGGAGGAACCUGAAGAAAGUGAGGCGACAGCAGGAGGAAGAGCAGAAGAAGCUGCAGAUGAAGAUCGCCAUGGAGGAGAGGCGACUGCUGCUCGCUCAGCGUAACCUGGAAUCUAUUCGGCUCAUCGCUGAGCUGCUGGCCAAAGCCAAGGCCGUGAAGCAGCAGCAGCAGGAGAAAGAGAGAGCCGAACACGAGGAACAGGAAAGGCAGGAGCAGGCGCGACAGAAGGAGGAGUUGGCCCGACUUCAGCAGCUAGAAGCCUGUCGACGCAAGCAGGAAGAGGAGCUCCAGAGGGUGGAGGUGGAGAAGGAAAGAGCAAUGGAGCUCCAGCGGCGAGAAAAGGAGCUCAGGGAGAGACUGCUGUGCAACAUGUUGAAGAAGACUAACGAGAAAACCACAAGACCUCCAGACACUGAGGACCAGGCUGGACCUGUGAUGAGGGACGAGGCCUCAGAUCCUGGCGACGAUGAUGUGAUGCUGGGAGCUCUGGGCCACGUGAAUGGAGUGAGAGCAGUUGAGGGUAAAGAGAAGCAGGCGUCCAAAUCUGGUGUUCACUCCCAGGUUUCAGGGAAAAACAGAGGAACAGACAGAAAGAAAGACAGGGAGCGGAGGAAGGAUGACGUGGUGAGGAGCAAACACAGCCUGGAGAGGGCGAGAGACCGGGACCGCUCCCACAGAGAGCGGAGCUCCCAGAGCCGGGGCAGGAAAAGGCGCUCCCAUAGCUACAGCAGGAGGAAAAGGAGCUCCAGCCAUCACAAGAGGAGCUCCAGCCGUCACAGGAGGAGCUCCAGUCACCACGGCAGCAGGAGGCGCAGCCACAGCCACUACAGCAGGAGCACGAGCUCCAGCCGGGACAGGAGCAGGAGCAGCAGCGGGAGGAGUUACAGCAGGGGAAGGAGCCACAGGGAUAGCCACCGAAGAUACAGCAGAGGCAGCUCCAAGAGCAGCAAUAAAAGUAGAGACAGGAGGAGUCACAGUCGGUACAGUCGAAAAUACAAGAGACACAGCACAAGUAGAGACAGGAGUCACUCCAGACGACGUUAAACUUAUCAGUAUUAACGGAGAUAUUCCCCAUUUAUGGCCUUGCAAUAAAAGUGCAACAGAUUCAUGAGUUUCCCAGAAUCGGCUUUAGGGACUUGUUUUUCCCUUUUUUUAAAUUUCAUAUUGUUGGAUUGAAGCAACUGACAAUUUUAUUUGUGUAAAUAUUGAAUAUUUUUACCUUAAACAUUUACUAAACAUUUGGAGUGCGAUACCCUAAAACCCUUCACACAAGUUAAGAACACUGACCAAGUUUUAAUUUCAGGCUAAUAUCAGCUCACAGUCUGUAGACGGUCUUGUCAUCUGCAUUUCUUUAUCAAACACCUGUUAAUGAACUUUUAUUUCCUCCUGUUUUGUCAUCAUGCAUUUAUAACUGUGAGCUCUAAAAAAUAAUAGGUACAGAGAACACAUUGAGUUGGUUAUAUUUGAUAAAGCAGGAGUUUGUUCAGCACACUUGUAGCCUGGCUUUAGAAGAAGUAAAGCACAUCAUCUUCUGCAGACAACAACAUGAAGUUUAAGCCAUUUUUUUUUUUAGAACAAGUGUCCUACAAGCUCCUGAACUACUUCUCAUGGCUGCUAUAAGUGUGAAAACCUUUUAGUGGACUACUGAACUAAAACUAAUGGCUGCUGUUUCAUUGUAAAUGUGAAGUUUUAGACUUUAAGACUUUACCUCUAUGUUUAGGCUGACAAGCAGACUAGCCGGCUUCAUAAUCCUGCGUUAGCUGCCUAAAGUAUUUAUUAGAAUACUGCUUCAGUAUUGGCUGCGUUGCUGUUCAGCAGCACAGAAAAACACAUUCUGGAUUCUACAGCGACAGACUUUGCAGGUCUAACUAAGCAGCAGCAUUAUUUGAUGAUCAAAUAGUUUCAAAUAACAGUUUUCUUUUAGUUUAGUUUGGAUUUUUGAAUGUUUUAAAGAUUAUUUUAUUUUUAAGAUUUUUUUCUGAAAAGAAAAUGAGAUUUUGAGUGCGUUUGAACUGUAAAUACUUGAUGUUGAAAGUCAGAAUAAACCUCAGAUGAUGGCGUUAUUACAUAUUGGACCCGAUUUAAGAAAACAGUGUAUCGUCUCUGGCUUGGUUCAUACGUUGUUCUGCACCAGCGAAGGAUUUGGGGAUCUGAUCACAAGGUUUAAUCAUCGUUUAGGAAACAAGCUUUUGGAAUUCAAGUCAAACCAGCACAAUACUAAAAACUGGAUGUUAGGAUGCAACUACUGCUUUCAUGCUCACAUUAUAGUGCAGGACACAUUUUUUUUAGCCUUAAUGUAACUAUACAGACUGGAUUUGACCUGCAGGAAAGUCAGUCUUGGUGUCAUAGACAGUUGAAAUCGUCACGUGUUUGUCAGAGCAAAGC